AGAACGGAAGAGCUGCCCCCUCCCUUGUCGGUCAUUGCGGCGGCCUUCUGUUUAUCUUCUCUCUAUCUAGAUACGUCAACAUACUUCUUUUCUUUCUUACGAGAUUCCUUACGUUUUCCUUUAUCUUGAUCUUCUCAACGGAUAUACAGGUUCAUUUGAAAAGUAAAUUCAACGACCAAUCGUAGAAUUUAAUUUUCAAUCUGAACCGAUACUUCCAUUCUUCGAUUCUCUAUCUACUUGUAUCAUUUGUUUGAAAUAUCUCUACACAACAUUGUUAGAUUUGAUAGAUAUCUGUAGAUCUGCAACUACUGAACUUGAAAGAUCACUUUACUAUCUGUAACUUAUCGACAAUGUCGUCGUCGAUGAUGACUUCGACUUCUCUUGUUCAAGCGGGAAACAAGUCUUUCCUUUCUUCCCAAUCUGUGAACAAGAGAUCGAUUGUCAAUCCUCAACUGAGUGUUUUAACUCUCAGGCGAGUUGAUGCAGUUAGAGCGGCAUCCGUUCGCGGCGGCUCUUGUGCUGUUAGGUCAAAUGUUUUAGAGAAUCGAUUCUACGGAAGUCGAUUGGGUAAAGAGAGAGUACAUCUAUGGAAGUCGGAUGGUCCUGGAAGGGACCCGAAGCUGAAGGUGGUGGUGCGAUCUGCAUUGUCACUUGUGCCGGAGAAGCCUCUCGGUCUAUACGAUCCUUCGUUUGACAAGGAUUCGUGUGGAGUUGGAUUUGUUGCUGAACUAUCUGGAGAAGGCAGCCGUAAAACUGUUGCGGAUGCUAUAGAGAUGUUAGUACGGAUGACUCACAGAGGAGCCUGUGGUUGUGAGACAAAUACUGGUGAUGGAGCUGGUAUCCUUGUUGCUCUCCCUCAUGACUUCUACAGAGAGGUUGCAAAAGAUGAGGGCUUUGAGCUACCACCACCUGGUCAAUAUGCCGUGGGAAUGUUCUUUUUGCCUACAUCUGAAACCAGGAGGGAACAAAGCAAAAUCGUAUUCACAAAGGUUGCGGAGUCACUUGGGCAUACUGUUCUUGGUUGGCGAGCUGUUCGAACUGAUAACUCAGCAUUGGGCAAAUCUGCUCUGCUGACAGAGCCAGUUAUUGAGCAAGUGUUUCUCACUUCCACCCCUAGGUCCAAAGCUGAUUUCGAGCAACAGUUGUACAUACUGAGGAGGGUUUCAAUGGUUGCCAUUCGAGCUGCACUAAACCUCCAACUUGGGGCAACAAAGGACUUCUAUAUAUGUUCCCUUUCCUCAAGGACUGUUGUCUACAAAGGCCAGUUGAAGCCCAAUCAGUUGAAGGAAUAUUAUUAUGCAGAUCUUGGCAACGAAAAGUUUACGAGCUACAUGGCCUUGGUUCAUUCUAGAUUCUCAACAAACACUUUCCCUAGCUGGGAUCGUGCUCAACCUAUGCGUGUCCUAGGACAUAAUGGUGAGAUAAAUACACUCAGGGGAAAUGUGAACUGGAUGCGAGCUCGAGAGGGUCUCCUUAAGUGCAAGGAGCUUGGCCUAUCAAAAGAUGAGAUGAAGAAGCUCCUACCAAUUGUAGAUGCUAGCUCAUCUGACUCAGGAGCUUUUGAUGGAGUUCUUGAGCUCUUGGUUCGAGCUGGUAGAAGUCUCCCAGAAGCCAUGAUGAUGUUGAUCCCUGAAGCAUGGCAAAAUGACAAGAAUAUGGAUCCUCAAAGAAAGGAUUUGUACAAGUACUUUUCAGCCCUUAUGGAACCUUGGGAUGGACCUGCUCUAAUUUCAUUUACUGAUGGGCGCUAUCUUGGAGCUACACUAGAUAGAAACGGUUUACGUCCUGGGCGUUUUUAUGUUACUCACAGUGGACGAGUCAUAAUGGCAAGUGAAGUUGGAGUUGUAGACAUUCCACCGGAAGAUGUGGCAAGGAAAGGAAGACUAAAUCCUGGCAUGAUGCUUCUUGUGGACUUUGAAAAGCACGUUGUUGUAGACGAUGACGCACUGAAGCAGCAGUAUUCUCUAGCCAGACCUUAUGGUGAAUGGCUCAGCAAACAAAAGAUUGAGCUGCAAGAUAUACUCCACUCCGUUAAUGAAUCUGACAAGAUUCCACCGCCCAUUGGUGGAGUCAAGCCAGCAUCAGAAGAGGAUGUCAACGUGGGUAUUCAGGCCAUAUUGGCUCCAUUGAAGGCUUUUGGUUAUACUAUUGAAUCCCUGCAAAUGAUGCUUCUUCCCAUGGCAAAGGAUGGAGUCGAGGCACUUGGAUCAAUGGGAAAUGAUGCUCCCCUAGCUGUAAUGUCAAGUAGGGAGAAACUCACAUUUGAGUAUUUUAAGCAGAUGUUUGCCCAGGUGACUAAUCCUCCUAUCGAUCCCAUUCGUGAGAAGAUAGUAACUUCCAUGGAGUGCAUGAUUGGUCCAGAAGGUGAUCUUACAGAGACUACUGAAGAGCAGUGUCACCGCCUUUCUUUGAAGGGUCCUUUACUAUCUGUUGAAGAAAUGGAAGGAAUCAAGAAAAUGAACUACAGAGGCUGGCGCAGUAAAGUUCUUGAUAUAACAUAUUCCAAAGAACGUGGAAGGAAGGGCUUGGAGGAGACCCUGGAUAGGAUCUGUACUGAAGCUCAUGAAGCAAUUAAGGAGGGUUACUCGUUACUGGUGCUUUCUGACAGAGCCUUUUCCCCAAAGCGCGUUGCUGUAAGCUCCCUCCUUGCUAUUGGUGCAGUCCAUCAUCAUCUUGUCAAGAAGCUUGCAAGAACUAGGAUUGGUCUGAUUGUUGAAUCUGCCGAGCCUCGUGAUGUUCACCAUUUUUGUACAUUGGUUGGGUUUGGUGCAGAUGCUAUCUGUCCCUAUUUGAGUAUAGAAGCUAUUUGGGGUUUACAGAUUGAUGGGAAAAUUCCACCCAAGUCAAAUGGUGAGCUUCACUCAAAAGAAGAACUGGUAAAGAAAUACUUUAAAGCAACCAACUAUGGGAUGAUGAAGGUUCUUGCCAAAAUGGGUAUAUCAACUUUGGCUUCUUACAAGGGUGCUCAGAUUUUUGAAGCCGUGGGCCUCUCCUCAGAAGUAAUGGAGAGGUGCUUUAUUGGAACUCCAAGCAGAGUUGAGGGGGCAACAUUUGAAGUCCUUGCUCGUGAUGCACUUGAGUUGCAUGACCUGGCAUUUCCUUCACGAGCAUUUCCACCUGGAAGUGCGGAAGAUGUUGCACUGCCAAAUCCCGGUGAUUUUCACUGGAGAAAAGGUGGUGAGAUCCAUCUGAACGACCCCUUUGCUAUAGCUAGAUUGCAGGAAGCUGCCAGAGGAAACAGUGUGGCAGCCUACAAGGAAUACUCCAACCGUAUACAAGAGCUAAACAAGUCCUGCAAUUUACGGGGUCUUCUGAAAUUCAAACCUGCAGACAUGAAAAUUCCACUUGAAGAAGUUGAACCAGCCAGUGAGAUUGUGAAACGGUUUUGCACUGGAGCCAUGAGCUAUGGAUCAAUAUCCCUUGAGGCACACACCACUCUUGCCAUUGCCAUGAACAAGAUUGGUGGAAAGUCUAAUACAGGUGAGGGGGGUGAACAACCAUCACGCAUGGAGCCUCUACCAAAUGGUUCGAUGAACCCAAAACGUAGUUCAAUAAAGCAAGUUGCUAGUGGAAGAUUUGGAGUUUCUAGUUAUUACCUUACAAAUGCUGAUGAGAUCCAGAUAAAGAUGGCUCAGGGAGCCAAGCCUGGAGAAGGAGGCGAGCUACCUGGCCACAAAGUUGUAGGAGAUAUUGCUGUUACUAGGAACUCUACAGCUGGGGUGGGAUUAAUCAGUCCGCCACCACAUCAUGAUAUCUAUUCUAUCGAGGAUCUUGCUCAACUAAUACAUGAUCUCAAAAAUGCAAAUCCAAGUGCUCGAAUUAGUGUGAAGUUGGUAUCAGAAGCUGGGGUUGGAGUAAUUGCUAGUGGAGUUGUUAAGGGGCAUGCUGAUCAUGUUCUGAUCUCUGGUCAUGAUGGAGGUACAGGAGCUUCACGCUGGACUGGUAUCAAGAGUGCUGGCCUUCCAUGGGAACUUGGACUUGCAGAAACUCACCAAACUCUAGUUGCUAAUAACCUCCGUGGACGAACAGUUCUCCAAACUGACGGUCAACUGAAAACAGGAAGAGAUGUGGCUAUUGCAGCACUUCUAGGGGCAGAGGAGUUUGGUUUCAGCACUGCUCCUCUCAUAACCCUCGGAUGCAUUAUGAUGCGAAAGUGCCAUAAGAACACGUGCCCAGUUGGCAUUGCUACCCAGGAUCCUGUUCUUAGGGAAAAAUUUGCUGGAGAGCCCGAGCAUGUGAUAAAUUUCUUCUUCAUGCUUGCAGAAGAGCUGCGAGAGAUCAUGUCCGAGCUUGGAUUUCGAACAAUCAGGGAAAUGGUUGGCCGUUCAGAUAAGCUGGAGCUGGACAAAGAAUUAGUUGACAACAAUGAGAAGCUUAAGAAUAUUGAUCUCUCUCUACUGCUCAGGCCUGCUGCUGACAUCCGACCGGAUGCUGCCCAAUAUUGCAUACAGAAACAAGAUCAUGGCUUGGACUUGGCUCUGGACAACAAAUUGAUCUCUCUCUCAGAAGCCGCUUUAGAAAAAGGUCUCCCUGUCUACAUUGAAACACCUAUAUGCAAUGUGAAUCGAACUGUUGGAACAAUGCUUAGUCACGAGGUGACAAAACGGUACCGCAUGGAUGGACUUCCUACAGAUACCAUCCAUAUUAAACUCGAUGGGAGUGCCGGACAAAGUCUUGGAGCUUUUCUCUGCCCAGGAAUCACUCUUGAGCUUGAGGGUGACAGCAAUGAUUAUGUUGGUAAAGGAUUAUCUGGCGGAAAAAUUGUUGUUUAUCCCCCUAAAGAAAGCCAGUUUGACCCAAAGGAAAACAUUAUUAUUGGUAAUGUUGCUCUUUAUGGGGCAACAAGCGGUGAAGCUUAUUUCAACGGCAUGGCUGCAGAAAGAUUUUGUGUACGUAAUUCUGGGGCCAAGGCAGUUGUGGAAGGUGUUGGAGAUCAUGGGUGUGAGUAUAUGACUGGUGGGAUUACUGUUGUGCUAGGGAAAACUGGAAGGAAUUUUGCUGCUGGCAUGAGUGGCGGUAUUGCUUAUGUUCUUGAUUUGGAUGGUAAGUUCCAUUUCAGAUGUAAUAAAGAGCAAGUAGACCUUGAUAAGGUCGAGGACCUUGAGGAUAUCAUGACACUGAAGAUGAUGGUACAACAACAUAAGAGACAUACAAACAGCCAGCUUGCCAAAGAAGUGCUAGCUGAUUUUGAAAAUAUUUUACCCAGCUUCAUUAAGGUGAUUCCCAAGGAGUAUAAAAAGGUGCUGCUUGCAAAGAAAAAAGAGGAAGAUGCUAAAGAGACAGCAGCUAAGGCAGCCUUAGAAGCUGAAAUCUCAGAUGAGGCUGAGUUGCAAGAGAAAGAUGCUUUUGAAGAGCUUAAGAAGCUUGCAGCAGCAUCAUCCUUGAGUGUAGAGCUUGAGAAGAUUGUGGCAAAAUCCUUGGCUGAACAAGCCAGCAACAAAAUUGAGAAAGCUGAAUCUCCAAAGAGGCCAACUCAAGUUCCCGAUGCCGUGAAACAUAGAGGCUUCAUUGCUUACGAACGUGAGAGCAUUUCAUACAGGGACCCUAACGACCGAAUGAAUGAUUGGAAAGAGGUCAUGGUAGAGACAAAGCCAGGUCCACUUCUAAAGACCCAGUCUGCCCGUUGCAUGGACUGUGGGACUCCCUUCUGCCAUCAGGAUAAUUCUGGGUGUCCGCUUGGGAAUAAAAUACCUGAAUUCAACGAGUUGGUUCACCAAAAUAGAUGGCGUGAAGCAUUAGAUAGACUUUUAGAAACCAACAACUUUCCAGAAUUCACAGGUCGGGUAUGUCCCGCCCCUUGUGAGGGUUCAUGCGUCCUGGGCAUCAUUGAGAAUCCUGUAUCAAUCAAGACGAUUGAAUGCUCCAUCAUUGAUAAAGCGUUUGAGGAGGGAUGGAUGGUUCCAAGGCCUCCACUCAAGAGAACGGGUAAAAAGGUUGCUAUCAUUGGGAGCGGACCUUCUGGCUUGGCAGCUGCUGAUCAGUUGAAUAGAAUGGGUCAUUUAGUGACAGUAUACGAACGUGCUGAUCGAGUUGGUGGACUAAUGAUGUAUGGAGUCCCCAAUAUGAAGACGGACAAGAUUGACGUUGUUCAGAGACGCGUUGACCUUAUGACAAAGGAAGGAAUCAACUUUGUAGUGAAUGCCAAUAUUGGAAAAGACCCAGCAUAUUCACUAGAUCAGAUUCGUAAGGAGAACGAUGCUAUUGUUCUAGCUGUUGGAGCUACGAAACCAAGGGACCUUCCUGUGCCAGGACGUGAUCUGAAAGGGGUUCAUUUUGCAAUGGAAUUUCUUCACGCAAAUACUAAAAGUCUACUUGAUAGCAAUCUUGAGGAUGGUAAAUACAUCUCUGCUAAGGGGAAGAAAGUAGUUGUAAUUGGUGGAGGAGACACUGGAACCGACUGCAUAGGAACGUCCAUCAGACAUGGGUGUGUUAGCACUGUCAAUUUGGAGCUUCUUUCCAAGCCUCCCCAAACAAGGGCCCCUGGCAAUCCAUGGCCACAGUGGCCACGCAUAUUCCGCGUGGAUUAUGGUCACCAGGAGGCUGCUACCAAAUUCGGUAAAGACCCAAGAACUUAUGAGGUUUUGACCAAAAGGUUCAUAGCAGAUGAGGAAGGGAACGUUAAAGGACUUGAGGUUGUUCAUGUGAAUUGGGAGAAGGAUGGUAGUGGGAGGUUUCAGUUCAAGGAAAUUGAAGGGUCGGAGGAAGUUAUUGAGGCAGACAUUGUCCUUCUAGCCAUGGGAUUCCUAGGCCCCGAGUCGACACUUGUUGAAAAGCUGGGCCUGGAGCAAGACAACAGGUCGAACUUUAAGGCAGAGUACGGUCGUUUCUCGACUAGUGUAGACGGAGUGUUUGCAGCUGGGGAUUGUCGUCGCGGGCAGUCUUUGGUUGUUUGGGCAAUCUCUGAAGGCAGGCAGGCUGCUAGCCAAGUUGAUAAAUAUUUGAUGACAGAAGAUGAUGAAAAGAACCAGACGGCUAUCAUCAAUGAGCAACAGCAAGAUAGCAGCAGCAAACAAGCAGUUAAGACAUAGACAGUUCUCAUUUAAACUGUGUUUUUUUAAUUUUUUUUUUAAGUAAUGUUUUUAGAGAAAAGGACCCCUACGAAUGAGAUCUUAAUGGGUUUGGUGUGUGGAUGUUGGGAUUAUAUGCUUUCUUUGUGAUUUUGAUUCUCCCUUGUUUUUGUUAUAAGCUUUUACUUACUGUUGUUUGGAAUUGGAACCACCUUCAGUGAGAAAGUGAAUGAAUAAACAAACAAUAUGUACAGCUAGCUAUCUUCUUUGUUAUUCAGGGGGUUUUCUAAUUAGAAAAUAUUGAUUUGAAACU